AUGUCCUCCUUAUAUAGAAUUGGUACUGCUACCAAGGAUGUUAUUAGGAAAUUCCGUACCUCAACAGCCAGAGCUGAAGUAAUUAGAUGUUUACCAAUCAAGAUUGAACCAAAGCCCUCGUAUGAGAUUGUUAUUGAAGAAGAAGAACGGGAAGAAUUAGAAGAUAUCACAGAUGUAGAUGAAAUGGCCGACAUACUUCCGGACAACAGUCCUAGGUUCCUGCUCACUGCAUAUCCCGUGACCACGAAGGAAGGAAUCAAGCAAACACCUCUGAUAUUGUUGUUUUGGAAGCCGGCUACUGUUGUAUCUCAAGAGUGGAAAAUGCUGUACGCCGGAGCACUCGAAAUGGUAAGAAACGAGUGUGGCACCUCAAAGCUAGUAGAAGUAACAUCGGGAUUGGAGGAUGAUGACGAUAUAGAAGAUCUGAAGCAACAGCUAAGUAAAUGA